AUGGAGAUCCUUUUUGACAGUGUGGCAAUCUCCCAGUCACCUAUUCGUGUCAUGAUCACUAACAGGGAUUGCGAACGAGAGUUUGGUAGCAGGCUCACAGCCAACGAGGAUGGGAUGUGUGUGUGCGCACCUGGCACCUACGAUGUUGGAGACAUAUGCAAAGAUACUACUAUAUUCAUGAUCAUCAUAUUCAGCUGUGCGCUGGUUGUCUUCCUUGUCAUGUUCCUCGCCUUCCUCAACUACAAGAGGCAGAAGAGCGAUCAUGUGUGGCACAUUGGCAUUGACGAACUCCAGUUCGAUGAGCCUCCUGAAGUGAUUGGACAAGGUGGCUUUGGAGUCCUUGUCCCCGGGUUGUACAAGGGCACAAAUGGAAAGUCUAGCUACAAUUGGGUCUUUGCUGUCCCAAUGUCACAAGGGUCCUAA